AUGAAUACGUACAGAAUCGGUGAGUCGUUGGUGAGGGCCGGGCAUCGGGUGAUGUUCUUAGUGAAAGAGCAAUGGAGGGGUCGGUUCACAAAGUAUGGCAUCGAAGAGGUGUUGUACGAGAAUGUGCCUGAUGACAACGAGGCGGCCAAACAUAUGGCACUUUUAAAAAUGAUCGGGUUUUUGCCCGAUGGGUCGCCGCUCGACAAAAUGGUUGCUUAUUAUACCCAUUGGUUACCCUCUGUAGUCGACAAAUGGCCCAAAACUGAUGAAAUGAUUGAGAGCUAUAUCGCAAAAUUGCACCCGGAUGUUAUUGUGAUCGAUAACACGGUUUAUUCGCCCGCCGUUGCCAAGUCUGGCAUACCGUGGGUUUUGAUCUGCAGUUCUAAUCCAUUGCGACUCAUCGACGACGAGAGGACACCCUCUUAUGGCUCAGGUUUUCCAAUAGUGAGCGACAAAAACGAGUGGAAAUUAUUUUGUCAAACAGUAAACAAGGCGUCAAUCGAGUCGUUGAAACGAUUGAAUGAAUACAUUGUAUCAAAAGAUUUGCCUGAAUUGACUGAAUGCCAAUUUUUCAAAGCCUCGCCGCAUCUAAACGUAUAUCAAUUCCCGUCUGAACUCGAUUACACUGAUGUCAGACCUUUGCCACCAAAACACUACAAGUUUGAUAACUUUAUGCGAACAGAAAUGGAUCACACGUUUGAGAUACCGGUGCCGUUGAGGGACAGACCGGGAAAGUUGGUGUACUUUUCAUUGGGAACAAUGGGUGCGGCAGAUGUGGACAAUAUUAAGAGAUUAGUCAAUAUUUUGUCCAAAUCUAAGCACAGGUUUAUUGUAUCGAAAGGACCGCUUCAUACCGAGUACUCAUUGGCUGACAAUAUGUGGGGCGAGGGGUCUGUCCCUCAGAUACAAGUCCUACCGUUAGUUGAUUUGGUCAUAACCCACGGCGGGAACAACACACUGACCGAGACGUUUUAUUUUGGCAAACCUAUGAUUGUUUUGCCACUAUUUACCGAUCAAUACGAUAACGCACAGAGAGUUCACGAAAAAGGGUUUGGUAUACGACUCGAUGCCUACAAGUGCUCAGAGGAAGAGCUGUUGAAUGCAAUCGAAAUACAAGAUCUGACAGAAAGUGGCAGAGAGUUAAAUAAAUCAAUGCUAUAA